AUGCAUUUACCACGGAGAAGGCGGCUACAACGGAACCGAAUCUUUUUCUUGCUCGCCGUAGUGUUGCUCCUCUCUGUCUACCAGCUCCAGUUCAGCCCCUCUCCCCUUCCAGCACCGCACACAGCACCCCAACCCAAGGACCCUGUGAAAGUGACCUCCAGGGACCUCGCCAGCAACAAGACUGCCGUAACAGGCAACGUCACAGCAGCACCCAAAAUAAGGCACUGUGUGUAUGUGGAUCCUGAGCCAACUGUGCCCAUCACUACAUCAGUGGGUACAACACCACAGCGAGAAAACGUCAGUGAAAGCUACCCAGAUGAAAAGCCAGCAUACGAGUCCAAAGGAGAAUAUCCCCAGGACCUAUUCAGUGUGGAAGAACGCAGGCAAGGGUGGGUUGUACUUCACAUCUUUGGCAUGAUGUAUGUAUUUGUGGCCUUGGCCAUAGUGUGUGAUGAGUAUUUUGUCCCUGCUUUGGGAGUGAUCACAGAGAAGUUGCAGAUCUCUGAAGAUGUGGCUGGAGCCACCUUCAUGGCAGCAGGUGGAUCAGCACCAGAACUCUUCACCUCCCUCAUAGGUGUCUUCAUCUCACACAGCAAUGUGGGCAUCGGUACCAUUGUGGGCUCAGCAGUGUUUAAUAUCCUCUUUGUCAUUGGCACCUGUGCCCUCUUCUCAAGGGAGAUACUACACCUGACAUGGUGGCCUUUAUUUAGAGACAUCUCAUUCUACAUUGUAGACUUACUGAUGCUCAUCCUGUUUUUCCUAGACAGUGUCAUUGAUUGGUGGGAAAGCCUCCUUUUACUGACUGCCUAUGCCACAUAUGUGUUCACUAUGAAGCACAACGUGUACCUAGAGCAAUGGGUGAAGCAGGAGCUGAACAAGAAGCUAAAUGCUGUGCAGGCAGCAUCAGCAGAGCAUAUGCGGAAGAAAAGCAGUGGGGCAGUUGCAGAUGAUGGAACAAAGAAGCCAGCAGACGGAAAGAAGCUGCAGCCUACAUCGGCCUUACAGCGAGGCAGCAGCUCAGCCUCCCUGCACAACUCUCAAAUGCGCAGCACCAUCUUCCAACUCAUGAUCCACACCCUGGACCCCCUGGCAGGAGCAAAAUUUAAAGAUAGGGUUGACAUCCUGAGCAACAUAGCCAAAGCCAAGGUGGACUCUCUGGCUGGGCAAGGAUCAAAAUCAGAAGCGGAAGAGGACAAGCAGGCACAAUUACCAAAGACUGUUCAGGUAACUCCUGCCAGUGACUCUGAACCCAGCAAAGACAAACAGAAGGCGGACGCACCACAGGAUGGGCAGCCCUCUUCAGACAGCGAUAACUCAGAAGACAGCAGCUCUGAGAGUGAGGAUGACAGCGAUGAUGACAGCACAGACGAUGAAGAAAACGAUGAGCCAUUAUCUCUCGAAUGGCCAGAAACUAGGAAAAAACAAGCAAUUUACCUUUUCCUCUUUCCCAUUGUCUUCCCUCUCUGGAGCACUAUGCCUGAUGUUAGAAACCCGGAUUCAAAGAAAUUCUUUGUCAUCACGUUUUUCGGAUCCAUCAUCUGGAUUGCAGUAUUCUCUUACCUGAUGGUGUGGUGGGCUCAUCAGGUUGGUGAAACAAUUGGAAUAUCGGAGGAAAUUAUGGGGUUAACCAUACUGGCAGCAGGAACAUCAAUCCCUGACCUUAUCACCAGUGUCAUUGUCGCACGGAAAGGCUUAGGAGACAUGGCUGUCUCCAGCUCUGUAGGCAGCAAUAUCUUUGAUAUCACUGUUGGUUUGCCAGUUCCUUGGUUUCUUUAUUCAGUCUUCAACGGAUUCAGUCCAGUUGCAGUUAGUAGCAAUGGUUUGUUUUGUGCAAUUGUUCUCCUUUUUCUGAUGCUCCUAUUUGUGAUCAUCUCAAUUGCUGCGUGUAGGUGGAAAAUGAACAAAAUACUUGGGCUCACUAUGUUUGCUCUUUACUUCGUGUUUUUAAUCAUCAGCGUGAUGUUAGAAGACAGGAUAAUAUCCUGCCCAGUAUCUGUAUGA